AUGUCGCUGAAACUCGCCCUUGUCCAGCUCGCGGUCGGCGCGCAGAAGGCGGUCAACCUGGCCAACGCGCGCGCCAAGGUCCUGGAGGCAGCCAAAGCCGGCGCCAACAUCGUCGUUCUGCCCGAGUGCUUCAACUCGCCCUACGGGACGCAGUACUUUGCCCAGUACGCCGAGGAGAUCGAUGCUGCGCAGCCUAGCGAAAGCCUGCAGGAGCUGUCGAAGAUGGCCCGCGACGGCAACAUCUUCCUGGUGGGCGGCUCGAUUCCCGAGCGCGACUCUGGGCAUCUGUUCAACACAUGCACGGUGUGGAACCCCCAGGGCGAGCUGAUCGCCAAGCACCGCAAGGUGCAUCUGUUCGACAUCGACUUUCCGGGCCGCAUCGUGUUCAAGGAGAGCGAUGUGCUGAAGCCCGGCAACGCACUGACGGACUUUGCGACGCCCUGGGGCAGGUUUGGUGUUGGCAUCUGCUACGACAUGCGGUUCCCGGAGCUGGCCAUGAUUGCGGCGCGUCGCGGCUGCGUGGGCAUGAUCUACCCAGGUGCCUUCAAUAUGACCACCGGCCCCAUGCACUGGGAGCUGCUUUUGCGCGCACGAGCCAUGGACAACCAGGUCUUUGUCGCCGGGUGCUCGCCAGCACGGGAUACCAGCGCUACCUACCAUGCCUGGGGCCACUCGACCAUUGUCGACCCGUUCGCCAGGGUCAUUGCUACUACUGAGGACUCGCAGGAUAUUGUCUAUGCCGACCUGGACCUGGAGCUGAUCAAGGAGGUGCGCCAGUCGGUUCCCAUCUACGCCCAGCGCCGCUUCGACGUCUACAAGGAUGUUGCUGCGGCCAAAAAGGAAGUGAGCUGA